AAAAAAAAAAAAAAUCAUAAAGAAAAUCUUGGCCCGCCUACUUCACUUAAUUGGACAAACAAGUAUUGUGUAUAGAGGAAUGGGGCUGCCACACCUGAGCGGGUCGGGUGGCAAGAAAGAAGAAAGGGCAGACGGACAGCUCCACCCCCUCCACUCCCGUCCUGUGUUGAGAAAUCUGCUCAGCUACUCAUCGGUGAGGCUCAUCCGAAGCCCGCUCCGACGCUGGACCGUAACAACAGCGAUUUAAACUGUAAUAGGUACCUGAAUUUUGUCUGUGCCGUUCCAGCUGAAAAGAGGUUCCUCUGUCUUCCAUCAGCAGGAAGAGAAGCUAGACAGUGAACAAACCUCACCAUGAACUGGGCAUUCCUCCAGGGCCUCCUCAGUGGGGUGAACAAGUACUCCACUGCCUUCGGCCGAGUGUGGCUCUCUAUCGUUUUCCUCUUCAGGGUCAUGGUGUUUGUGGUGGCGGCGGAGAAGGUCUGGGGCGAUGAACAGAAAGACUUCAAAUGCAACACGGCUCAGCCCGGGUGCCACAAUGUCUGCUACGACCACUUCUUCCCCGUCUCCCAUGUGCGCCUGUGGGCCCUGCAGCUCAUCUUCGUCACCUGCCCCUCUCUCCUGGUGGUGAUGCACGUCGCCUACAGGGAGGACAGGGAACGUAAACACAAGCUCAAGUAUGGAGAGAACUGCCGCCGCCUCUACCAGAACACUGGCAAGAAACGCGGAGGCCUGUGGUGGACGUACGUCCUCACCCUGGUCUUCAAAAUAGGCGUUGACAUCACUUUUGUCUACCUCCUCUACCACAUCUACGAGGGCUACGACUUCCCCUCGCUCAUCAAGUGCGAGCAAAAGCCCUGUCCCAACAAGGUGGACUGCUUCAUCUCUCGGCCGACUGAGAAAAGAAUCUUCACCCUCUUCAUGGUUGUCACCAGCCUGGUCUGCAUCCUGCUCUCUAUUUUUGAAAUCCUCUACCUGGUCGGCAAACGCUGCCGCGAAUGCCUCACCUCGCUCCAUAGUUCUCACCACGUCAUGACCAACACGCUGUCCAGUGGAAGCACCUUGAUGGAGUCAAACUCAAUAAAGCUGACAGGCAAAAGCACCCCUGAGACGCCUGCUCCUUCAUACAGCUUGGCCAUAUCUUGAGAUGCUGAAAGACCUCAUGGGAGAACAAGGACAUGGAAAAGAAAAAAGGUGCUUGUCCUCACUCUGCAGGCACUUCCCUUCAAAGACUUGGCAGCCGACAUUUCUCUGCUCAGGCUCUGAACUAGAACUAAAGUAGUUCCUCACUGUUUCUGUGCCACAAGACCCAUGUGUCAUUAAUGUGGAAUGUGCUCACUAUUUUGUGUUGGGGUAGGAGCUUUUUUUACGGAUGAAGUGCCACGCAGAUUUUUUUCCUCUUUUCUUUCCUGUGCAAGGGUUAUACCCUUGCACAGGAAAGAAAAGAGGAAAAAAAUCUGCGUGGCACAGUGACAGAUCUAGCCUUGAUACCAAUUACAUGAGUCACCAUGGUUUGGAGAGUAUGGUUUUACAAACACAUGUGGUUUUCUGUGUAAGAUUUUCCUUCUGC